AUGACCACUAACAGGCCGAGAGUCUUUCUAGACGUCAGUAUUGGCCAGGAACCUGCUGGUCGCUUGACAAUCGAGCUCUUCGCAGACAAGGCGCCCAAGACGUGCGAGAACUUUCGGCAAUUGUGCACUGGCGAACACGAUGGGUUGUCGUACGCCCGAGUACCCUUCCACCGGGUGAUCGACGAGUUCAUGGUGCAGGGCGGGGACAUUGAGAAAGGUGAUGGAACCGGCACCAAGAGUGUCUAUGGAGGGGAGUUCGAAGAUGAGAAUCUAGACUGGCGGGAGAUGGAUGCGGCGGGCUUGGUGUGCUCGGCGAAUCGUGGGAAGGAUACCAAUGGGAGCCAGUUCUUCUUGACCUUGGAACCUUGUCCGCACUUGAAUGGGAAGCACACGAUCUUUGGACGAUUGGUUUCUGGGGAGGAUACGCUGGCACGAGUUGCGAAGGUGCCUGUGGAUAAGAAUGAUCGGCCGGUAGAGCCGGUGCUGGUCUCGAAGUGCGGCGAGCUCGAGAGGAAGACGAAAGCGAAGCGCCAUUCGCAGCAAGAGAGUGUUGCGCCAGUACACCAUGACGAUCGAGGUCGACGAAGAAAGAGCGACCAAGACGCGAUCUCAGAAAACGAAAUGGACGCCAGCCCUCCACCCGAGAAGCCACGAAAGACCCGACGCCAAAGCGACAACGUGAUCGACGAGGGAAAGCGAGGUCGCCCACGACUACGCUCCGCCUCUCGGUCCCCAUCCCAACCCAUCGAGGAAGAACUGGAAGAUGCCUCCGAUCACUCCCCUGCGAAGAUGCACAAACGUAAGAGAAGUCCAUCUCCCAGCAGACACCUUGAUCGGCGCGACGAGGAGGCAACGUUCGAAAGACGGAGGAGAAGUCUGCCGAAUCAGUACAAGGAUCAUCAAGAUCGGAGAAAUGCGGAUGAGGAUCGAUAUAGGCCGAGUCCGAGGAGGGACGGGCAUAACUAUUCUGGGAGACAACGUGGGAAUGAUCGGUAUCGUCCUGGGAGGGAUCGGUAUGAUGAUCACGGGAGGCUUGGAGAUGAUGGAAGGACGGGAGGUGGUCAUGAGAAUGAUCACCAUCAUGCUCCGCCUGUGAAGUUCAAGGGGAGGGGAUCGAUGAAGUAUCGCGAGCCGGGGAGGCUUUGA